AAUGGUGUGAUGGUAUAAUGCGAAUGGCAUACAGUUUAGCCCGGCUUAAUGGGUCCGCCAAUACAUUUCUUCAAAAGGCACAUACCAAACUUUGUCUGCAAGUUGACAAAAGUGGCAAAAUACCUGUGAGGAACAUCAUCAAAAUUUUCGCACAAAACAAAGAGGAUCGGAAGCGUGUUGAGAAAGCGUUAGAUAUGAGCGGGUUGCCUUCGGGGAAAAUCGAAACGUUAUCCCUGCCGAAGUUCCACUUUGAGGAUUUUUUUAAUUUGUACAAGAAUCUUACCCAACGGAGUGAAGUGGAGAAAAUAUUUGAUGGAAUAUCACCCGAUUUAUAUCAGUGUCAGAUUUGUUGCCAAUUUCACCCCCUACAAGCGUGCGCCAGUUUUCGGAAUAUGGAUGUCCCCGAAAGAAUCGAAGCAGUUAGAAAUCACAAAUAUUGCAUGAACUGCCUUGCCAGUUCUCACCAAACCGGUUCAUGCUCGUCUCGACAUAGAUGCCGCAUUUGUAAACUCGCCAUGAUGAAAAAAAGCCUCAACGCUUCGCUAGCAAGGUGACUGUCAAAUCGGGGCUGCACUCCACUACGCAGCACCGUCGGAGCGUGCAAUCCCGGCUGUAUCAUUGCCGUCAACGAAAGCCAAACAACGAGGCCAGUCGAUCUACUAAUCACCAUGAUGAUCCGCGGCAAACCACCAAGCGAGAUAAAUUCAGUCGUCAACGAAAAGCGCCUCUAAUUCGCAAUGACCACGUCAAGAAACGCCGACAGCAGUUGCAUCACCUGGUCAAUGCGGCAGUAUCGUCACUCUACGAUCUACAACAACACUUGCACCAGGCUGCACCGGUGCAGGGGGCCGGUAUGGUCAUAAUGAGGACUGUGGCAACCUCAUUGACCUCUAAAAUGCCUCAAUUCUUGGCCACCGAAAUUAAGAGGGAGGAAAAGCCGAAUCGUCAAAUCAUUCGCGACCGCUGACGGAAUAAAAACCUUCGCUUCUUGUGCUUUGUAACAACUCAAAUGAAAACCUGAACUUUUUAACCCAAUAAAGUGAACUGUUGAAUAUUUUAUUAAUUCAAAGUUUUUUCUUUAAACCCCAACUCCCCAACGAUGCAAGCGUUG